UCGGCGGCGGGGGCCCAGGGUCGGUGCGGGACCCGGGCUGGCGGUGGUUUCCGGUUCCGCGGGGCUGGCGGGCGGGCGGGCAGCCGGGAGCGGCGGCGGCGGCGCCUGACAGACAAUGAGGGCGGCGGGGCGGCGCUGAGCGGCGGCGGCGGCGAGCGACGCAGGGCCCGGGGGCGGGGCUGGGCGCCAGCCAUGGACAAUCAGUGCACUGUCCAGGUCAAGUUAGAGCUGGGACACCGGGCCCAACUGCGCAAGAAGCCCACCACGGAGGGGUUCACGCACGAUUGGAUGGUGUUCGUCCGUGGCCCCGAGCAAUGUGAAAUCCAGCACUUCGUGGAGAAGGUGGUCUUCCGGCUGCACGACAGCUUCCCCAAGCCCAAGCGUGUAUGCAAGGAGCCCCCCUACAAAGUGGAGGAGUCGGGUUAUGCUGGUUUCAUCAUGCCCAUCGAGGUGUACUUCAAAAACAAGGAGGAGCCAAGGAAGGUUUGCUUCACCUAUGACCUAUUCCUGAACCUGGAGGGCAACCCGCCUGUAAACCACCUGCGCUGCGAGAAGCUCACCUUCAACAACCCCACCAUUGAGUUCCGGUACAAGCUCCUGAUGGCUGGCGGGGUGAUGGUAAUGCCCGAAGGAGCAGAAACGGUGUCCAGGCCCAGUCCUGACUACCCCAUGUUACCCACAAUUCCACUCUCUGCCUUCUCUGACCCCAAGAAGACCAAACCGUCCCACGGCUCCAAGGACGCCAGCAGGGAGAGCGGCAAGGCCUGCAAGGCCCACAAGGUGGCCAAGGAGCACCGGGAGCGACCGCGCAAGGACUCGGAGAGCAAGGGCCCCUCCAAGGAGCCGGAGCGUGAGCAGGCCCGGAGUGCCAAGGACGCCGCACGGAAGCUGGGCGAGGGCCGGCCACCCAAGGAGGAGAAGGCCCUGCCCCCCAAGGCUGCGUUCAAAGAGCCCAAGAUGGCCUUGAAGGAGACCAAACUGGAGAGCCUGUCCCCUAAAGGUGGCCCCCCCCCGCCGCCACCCCCGCCCAAGUCUUCCAGCAAGCGGCCGGCUACCGCCGACUCACCCAAGCCCAGCGCCAAAAAGCAGAAGAAGAGCAGCUCCAAGGGGUCCAGGAGCGCCCCCAGCACCUCGCCCCGCACCUCGUCUUCCUCCUUCUCGGACAAAAAGCCGGCCAAGGACAAGGGCAGCGUCAAAGGGGAGAAGAUCAAGGCCGAGAGUGAGCCCCGGGAGAUCAAAAAGCCCCCGGAGGUGGAGGAGUCCAACUCGGAGGACGAGGCCUCCUUCAAGACAGAGUCUGCCCAGUCGAGCCCAUCCAACUCCAGCUCCAGCUCCGACUCAAGUUCAGAUUCGGAUUUUGAGCCGUCUCAGAACCACAGUCAAGGACCUCUGCGCUCCAUGGUGGAAGACCUGCAAUCGGAGGAGUCCGACGAGGACGACUCUUCAUCAGGCGAGGAGGCCGCCAGCAAGGCGAAUGCAGGGAGGGAUUCCAGGUGCCCGGGCCGGUUGAGCUUCAGCGACAGUGACAGCGACAACAGUGCUGACUCCUGCCUGCCCAGCCGUGAGCCCCCUCCCCCCAAGAAGCCGCCCCCACCCAACAGCAAGGUGUCAGGUCGGAGGAGCCCCGAGUCCUGCAGCAAGCCUGAGAAGAUCCUCAAGAGGGGUACCUAUGACAAGGCCUACACGGACGAACUUGUGGAGCUGCACCGGAGGCUGAUGGCCCUGCGGGAGCGCAAUGUGCUGCAGCAGAUUGUGAACCUGAUCGAGGAGACUGGCCACUUCAAUGUCACCAAUACCACCUUCGACUUUGACCUCUUCUCCCUGGAUGAGACCACCGUGCGUAAGCUGCAGAGCUACCUGGAGGCCGUGGCCACAUGACCCUGGGCCGGGUGGCCAGCCCUUGUCGCCGGGGUCCCGGGAGGCCACGUCCGGGCCCCGCCUGCCUUCCUCUCUCUCGACUCGCCCACCUGCAGCACUGCCUUAGUGACCGCCCUGUCCUCGGCCCACACGGCCAGCUGCACUUUCCUCGUUGGCUCCCGGCCUGCCCUCCCCACCACCUCACCGGGAGCCCUGGGGCCGAGGGGGGUUGGGUUGGUGCCACUGCUGCUCCCCGACACUUAGGGGUCGUCACUUGGGCCCCCCUUGGAAAGUGGCUUGUGUUGAAGGCAGCACAGGGCCUCAUUCCCAUAGGGGAAGAAACGUGCCCGGCGGUGGGCGCCUUGCUCCAUGGUGGAGCUCGUGGCACAGUGUCACUGCCCAGGCCUUUCUGAGCAGCCAGGAUACCGCAUCCAGCCUCCCAAAUGGUUCAGACACACCCACCACACCACAGGACCUCAGGGUCCAGCUGCGCCAGGCCGGGUCUCGGCCCAUCCUCCAUAUGAGCCGCACGCAGCCCCUCUGUCGGCUCUCACUGUGCUGGGACUCCGUGCUGUAUAGUUCUCUCUCUAUUAUAUGUGUAUGUAUGCACUGUAGGUACCUGAGCGGUUUCCGGGUGUGCAUAUCUGUGGCAGCGGUGCACGUGGGGGGUGGGGGGGGUAAGGCGGGACUUGUAGGUUAAGAUGUCUCCACUGGUCUUGUCGUCGGUCUGGAGGCCGAGCCGGAACGCCAGCUGGCCCUCUCCAGGUGCAGGGAGGAGUCCUCCCUCAGUGGUAUGAGGACGCCUCGUCCUCCUCUCGGGACAUGGAAGGCACAGCCCAGGGCCCAUGAACACUACGAUGGAGCAGGAGGUCUUCAGGCACCUGGUCAUCCUGGCGGCCGUCUCCAGGAGCAGACCUCCCAGGUUCCAGCUAGCUGCAGGCCGCCACUUGUAAUGGCGCCCUGGGGCUCGGCCUCUCCCUCCUUCCAUAGGAUCCUCUUCCUUCUGUUGAUCGAGUCUUCGAACUUUGAAAAAAAAAUGAGCUUUUGCCAAAUAAGACGGGAUAGUUUGUGGAGUUUUUCGAAGAGCGAGUGCCGGGACUCAGCCAGCCCCUCAUGCCUGGCCCCUGCCAGCAGCAGGUCCUCCCAGGCAUGCCUGCCUCUCUGGUUUGGGCCCGGCCCUCCCACCUCUGCCAUUCACACUGGUCCAGAGCCCGGAGACUCAAUUCCUCGCAUGCCCAUGAUUCUCCAAGGGCCAGGCUGGUUUCUCCUCCCUUCCGGCCCACCUCCCAGGGCCAAAAUGCCCUCAUGGAAUCAGCCCACUUUGGGUGGGGCUCCUGGGGGCUGGAGGCCUGUUUGCCCAGCCUCUGUUCCCCCAGACCUCUAUUCAAGGUUCCACCAGUCCCCCUCCCCGCGACUUCUGCCCUGAACGAGAUGUGGGGAAAAAGGAGUGGGGGCCCCAGAGGGUACUGACCUCCUCCAACCCACUGUCAAUCAGCCCCUUCUCCCCCCCAAUUCCAGAGUUCUGACAUGGGGAGACUGUGCUGUUCUUCCCUGUGGUCCCCGACUCUCAUGUCCCUGCUCCGAUUCUGUCUGUCACUCUCUGGGGAGCACCAUCUCCAAGGCUUCCCUGAACUCCAGAGAUCCCCGGAGCUCUCGGGGAAGGCCUGAGAACUUUCAGAGGAAACCACCAUGUCUCCUUGCCACCGUUUGGAUUCUCUCCUGACCCCACUGCCUUGAGGUAUUAGGAAGAGGUCAGGCCUGUGUGACAGGCCCUGUGCUGUCACCAAUACUCCAGGCCAGCAAUACUCCAAAAUGGGCACCUUUCUUUGGAAAAUCUCCAAGACAUUGGACGGAAGGAACUGGCCUGACGCAGGCUGCUCCAGAGGCAGCAGCCGCCCUGCCCUCUAUGCACAGAGGCUGCCGGGCGUCACAGGCAAAGCCUCAGCCAGCUCAAGGGUUCAGGCCUUUCUCCUUCACAAGGAUCUCCUGGGCAGCAGGCUCCACAUGGCGACACAGGCAGCCUUCUGCUUUGGAGCCGGGCUCUCCCUGGAGGCAGCUGGAGAAAGGCUCCUGGGCCCACCAUUUAUGCUGUUUCCAGGGCCUUAGGAAGUACCGGCCCGUUUUUCAGUUACCUCCUCUGGCCAGAAGGCCACCAGUGCUGUCCUCUCGAGCUGCUCUGGGUCCAGUGCUGGCCCAUGACCACCUGAUGGACAUGCCAGGCAGCCAGGGCCCCGGCGGCAGCAUUCCCAGCUGCUUCCCUUCCCCACCGCCAGCUGCCCGGCAGCUGGGCCCACGAGGGCUCUGGGGACGCUUCCAUAGGAAGGGGCCAGCACUUUGUGAUUGCCGCGUGUUUAGUGUUAAGCCCCCCUACCCCCAGUGCAAAUCCCGGUGUUUUUCUAUCUCCUGAACAAAAUGUAAACCAACGCCUGAAAGCAAAAGGUAUCGAAUACCUUUCUUACCCAUAAGGGUUUUUACAAAGAAUGUGUCUCACUAGGAACUAGGACACUCAUUGGCCCGAGACCAACUCCUGGAUAAAAGGAAUAAGGAGAACCGUGUUUGUAAUAAGUUACAGGAUCGUUUCUGUCCUGGAUUUUAAACUUUUUGUUAAAUUGUGAAAUUAUGGAUGAAUUUUAUAGAAAAAAAAGUGAAAUAAAGUCAGAUGGGAAAGCAGACCUA